UCAAGCGGUCAAAAGAAAUCUGAGGAUAAUAACAAGGAUCGAGUAAAUGAUGGAUCUGCAAUGCAAUAUGUUGUAUAAAUAAAAUGCCCGGCCGCGCCUAGAAAUCGCACAAGCGAUCGAAUCGGGAUGGAGGUGACGUUCGAGACGACGCAGGGUCGCCGAUUCAUGGUUGAGAUUUGGUACUUGUCCACUGUGCGGAGGAUCAAGGAGUACAUCCUUAAGCAGGAGGGCAUCCCCGUGGAGUCCCAGCGGCUCUUCUUCCAGGGCAAGGAGCUCGAGGACGACCGCGACACCGAGCACUACCCCAUUGUGGAGGGGUCCCACGUGCUCAUCGUCCUGCCGGAUGACUCCCCCACUGCCGCCGCCGACCGCCAUGCCCCCGGCGCCGUCGUCGUCCACGUCGUCGCCACCGGGCCGGCCCUCGGCCAGGGCCGCCGCAUCGUGCUCGAACUGGACGCGUCGUGCACCGUCGCCCGCCUCAAGGAGAUGCUCCAGGAGCGCACGGACGAGGCGGUGGCGGCAACCAAGAUGAGCGUCUUCUUCGGCAAGGCGGAGAUGGAGGACGACAAGGAGCUGGCGCAGUUCAACCCGCCCGUCGAUGGGAUGGAUAUGGAGGUGUGCGUGGUCGUGCGCCAGACGCCGCCGCCACCAGCGUGCAUCAACGGGAACGGGGCGGCCAUGGUUAACAACCAGCGGCUGCAACAGCGGAUAUCGGUCGAGGUGAAGUCGGGCGCCAAGACUGCGACGCUGGAGGUGAGCGACAUGGAUGCCGUCAAGGAGCUGCGGGCGGAGCUGGGCACCGCGGCGCCGCACCUCCUCCUGCCCAACGACGGCGCCUACUUCUUCAUCUACAAGCAGAAUGUCAUGGAGGAGGACCGCACGCUGCGCUGGCACGACGUCAAGACCGGCGACACCAUCGAGAUCUUCAACGGCAGGGUCACCGGUGGCGCUUGAUUCAUCACACACAUCACAUCUUCCGUCGAUCAGGUUUACAGAUUCAGUUCAAAAAAGGAUCAGGUUUACAGAUCUGAAUUGACCAUUGAGUUAUUAUGUUGGAUGGUACUGAUCUUAUCAUUUCUAUCGUGUAAAUUGGUGUAAUGUUGAGUUAUUAACGA